AUGUCUGAUACAAAGAUGACUGACGUCCAGGUCGAGGAGGCUCGGUCCAAGGGACUCAACGGCGAGAAGCUCACCAUCGAGGACGUCGCCAAUGCAAAGGAUGCAACCGAUAACGAGCACAAGCUUACCGCCCGCCAGGGCUUGAAGGCAUACAAGAAGGCCAUCUUCUGGUCUGUGGUCUUCUCCAUGUGCAUCGUCAUGGAUGGCUACGACAUUGGCUUCACCGGAACACUCUUCGCCCAGCCGGCAUUCCAGAAGGAGUUUGGCACUCCAUACAAGGACGGCUACGAGAUCUCAGCUGCAUGGCAGAGCGGCAUGAAAGCUUCCCUCAAGAUCGGACACAUCAUUGGCGUCUUCCUGGAUGGGUGGUUUUCGGAGGUGAUUGGAAGAAAGAAGGUGUCGUUGAUCACGCUCGCCUCCCUUGCUGGCCUGAUCUUCUGGCAAUUCUAUUCGACAAGUCUAAUCAGCUUUCUCUUUGCCCGCAUGGUGGCAGGAAUUCCGCUAGGUGUCUUCCAAGCCGCUGCCAACACAUAUGCUGCCGAGAUCUGCCCGGUAGUUUUGCGCGCGUAUCUUACGACCUAUGUGUGCUUGUGUUGGGUCAUGGGACAAUUUAUCUGCGCCGGAGUUACCUACCAGCUGUCUAGCAGGUCUGACCCAUGGGGAUGGCGCAUCAUCAUCGCAGUCCAGUGGGCUUGGAUCCCUCCUCUGUUCGGUCUGCUUUGCUUCGCUCCAGACUCGCCAUGGUGGCUCGUUCGCAAAGGCCGAUAUGAAGAUGCGAAGAAAGCUAUCCGCAGACUCACUGACGGCUCCAUCAACGAGGAGAAUCAGGUAGCCAUGAUGAAGAGAACCACGGAGAUCGAAAUCGAGACCAGGACAGGGAGCUCGUAUCUGGCAUGCUUCAAAGGCACAAAUCUUCGCCGAACGGAGAUCGCCUGUGUCGUCUGGGGCAUCCAAGCAGGGAUCGGCAAUCCUCUCCAGAGUUAUACCACGUACUUCUUCAAACAAGCCGGUCUAUCAACAUCCGAUGCCUUCAAAUUCAACAUCGGGAACAACGCGACUUCCUUUGUCGGAACUAUGCUGGCCUGGCCUCUGCUCUUCUAUUUUGGUCGUCGAACGGUUUUCAUGGGUGGCUUGAGCGUCAUGACCGUUCUUUACUUCGCCAUCGCAACCGUCUAUCCGAUUGUCGGCGAAAGUGGAUCAACCAGACUUCGUGGCAAGACUGUCGCGCUCGCCCGGAACUUUUACUCCCUGAUCUCGAUUGUAUCGGGAGUAUUGGUCCCAUACAUGCUGUCGCCUACUGCAUGGAACUGGUCCGCCAAAGCAGGCUUCUUCUUUGGCGGCAUUGCCUGUCUGUGUCUGGUUUGGGUCUACUUCCGCUUGCCAGAGAUGAAGGGUCGAACGUAUGAGGAACUCGAUAUUCUUUUCGAGCGUCGGAUAAGCGCGAGAAAAUUCAAGUCAGAGCAUGUUGAUGCGUACUCUGAUUACAAUCAGCUGGUUGGGGAGAAGGCAGCUGCGAGGGCGGAGUGA